AUGGCGCGGAGAGAGGAAUCUCCGAGGCUGAGGAUCGGGAUCAUCCACCCGGAUCUCGGAAUAGGUUUGGUUUCUACCUCUCCUCGUGAAUUCCUGUCUCUUCUGUUCUACCUCUGGUGCGGGGAUCGUCCUCGGUUUGGGGGAGUUUGGUGAAGGAAGGUGGAUGACAUUGGAUGAUGAUAGGUUCUGGUUUAGCAUCUGAUUGAUCUAGGGGACGCGAUGGGUGCUGCCGCGGCUGUCGUAAUGUGCGCUUGAAUGUAAGUGGAAGGCGUGGUUCUUCUGAAUCGUCACCACGGCCUAGAAGAGGAGCGACGGAUUUGACCGUGCCCCCACGGAUCCUAUUCAGUGGAACUUGUCCAAUUUUUCCCUCUCUGGCUGAUCAAGCUUGUCUUGGUUUGGUGUUUCGCAGAAUUGCAUUUACGUUUGUGAUUGGGAUCGAGAUGAUGAGCUAGAACAAAUAAGUGGUGGUUUUUGGACAUUGACUGUAUUCUGUGGGACGCUUCUCUCUUUAUAAUUAUGUUCUGCAGCGUUCUGUGCAUUUUUAUCUAAAUAAAUGGAUUUUAUUCACCAGUCUUGCUCCUCCACAUCCCCAAAGAGAAAUAGACAACCGGCAAAAAUAAAAGAACAAUAAUAUUCAUUUUAUUUUACUGCACUAGGAAUUUAUGGGCCGAUUAGAUCGUUUGGAGCUGAAAAACUUUUCAACGCGUGACGGGAACUAGACAGGAUGAUUUUUUUUUCAGUGACUGUGACCAGCUUGCAUACAUAGGAUCUAGAAAGCUAUCAUAUUCUCCUAUUUUCUUGUGAAUUUGGAGGCUUCAUCAUACCCUUUGUAUAAAGUUGUCUGUGACAACUAGGUGAGGUGAUUUUUGGGGUUUUCUAAUGAUUCGUAUUUCAGAGUUUCUUAACUUCUUGAUAUCUUUUGUUACAUGCUUUUGAGUAGAGAAACUUGAUGGCCGUGACCAAUGUCUUAUAUAUCUUUUUAUUAUUUCGAAAUCUAUUUUUAUGAAAAAAAAUUGUAGAUAGUGUGGUUAAUUACGUAAUCCAAGGAAAUUAUGCCCUUCAGAAUCUACGAAUCAGUGUGCAUUCUAAAACUUUCAAUUAGCUUCCGACACAAUGGAGACCUGUGCUUGAGAAAUAUGCAGUUCAAUUUUUUUCUAAAAGUUAGCAUUCGAUUCCAUCAAUCUAGAAUCUGGCCAAGUGUUCCUACGUACAACAUUGAACAUAUCUACGAGUAACUUUACACAUAUUUAUCACCCUGUUGUAUCCUUGUGACUGUCUUCUGGAUCUUCAUCAUAUCCGGGAUGCACUCCCAUAUUGACUCUUGAUGUUUGUAUCCGUUGUCUAAAUAUCAUAGGUCAGGUCUUCUAAAUAAACUAAAACUUUCAGCUUUCAGAUCGAGGCUGAAUUUUUAUUUUUUUUUACGCAACUGGAAGCUCAGUUGACUUAGUCGGGCUGUGCCUUUGUUUGGAAUGCUUGUUAUAUCUUCUCAUCAGUUACCCUGACAAUAGAUGACAGGGAUAUUUUAAAUUUCCAUUUUGCUAAGGGUAUGUGUCCACAUCCAUGUAGGUGGUGCUGAAAGGUUGAUAGUAGAUGCUGCAGUUGAGCUUGCAUCUCACGGGCAUGCUGUUCAUGUCUUCACUGCACAUCAUGACAAAAACCGAUGUUUUGAGGAGACUAUUGCUGGUGAGAGAUAUAAGGGUUAUUUUCUUAAUAGGAUACAACGACCAUUUUAAGUUUCGAAACUAAUGAAUGAGUCUGACUCAUGCCGCAGGUCCUUUUCAGGUUACAGUUUAUGGGUCUUUCCUGCCUCGCCAUAUUUUCCAUCGUUUCCAUGCUGUUUGCGCAUAUAUACGGUGCAUCUUUGUUGCAUUUUGUGUGCUGUUCCUGUGGCCAUGCUUUGACGUCAUUAUAGCAGACCAGGUUUCAGCAGUCAUUCCCCUACUGAAGUUGAAGAGGUCUACAAAGGUGAUGGUUGAUUAUGAUUAUCAUAGGUUGAGCAUCAGUUGAGUUUAGUAUCAAGUAUUUAUAAACUCAAAUUUCAUCUUUUCCACAGAUUGUAUUUUACUGCCAUUUUCCAGAUUUGUUGUUGGCACAGCGCUCCAACCUUCUCAGGAGAUUGUACCGAAAACCAAUCGAUAUGAUCGAAGAAACAACUACGGGUAUGAUAUUUAAAAUUUUAUGAUUUAUGGAUGUAUUUCAAAUUCUAGUUGCUUUCGAUGAGCUUUUCAGUUUUUCUGGGUUAUCAGGUAUGUCGGACCUCAUUCUUGUCAACAGCAGCUUUACAGCAUCCACUUUUGCCAACACAUUCCGCCGUCUGCACUCCCGUGGAGUUCUUCCAGAGAUCCUCUAUCCAUCAGUUGACGUUGAACAGUUCGAUGGGCCACAUUCUUAUGAGUAAUUGACAUGCCUGUGCACCUCUCGAUAUCCUAGGAUGUGCUUUAGUUGUAGAUGCUCGUGCUUUGCCUUGCUUUGAAUCUUGUGAUAGAAAAUUAUAUCCUGUGUUCUCUGUGUUUAGGUUAAAUUUUCUUUCCAUCAAUCGUUUUGAGAGGAAGAAGAACAUUGAAUUGGCAAUCUCUGCAUUUGCAAUGCUUCGUUCCUUCGAGCAAAGUGGCCCUUCGGGUUAUGGCUUCUCCCAACUGACUCUGACUAUUGCAGGUGACUGCAAUUGACUCAUUCCUUUUAUUGAUCUUUCGCUUCAUGCUUUCUGACUUCCUUUCAGUGGACUAAGAUAUAAUUUAUGUAGAUUAACUUGUGGAAGUAUUCAUAUGUUCUCAUUUUUUCUGCUUCUUUUUCUUUUUAUUUUUAGACUUCGGAACCUAAGGAUGACGAUUGUGUGCUGAUUUUUUACCGUAUUCGAACAUAUUAGGUGGCUUUGACAUGCGCCUUCCUGAAAAUGUGGAGUACCUCGAAGAACUCAAGAGACUGGCGGAAACAGAAGGGGUAUCUAGUCAAGUCAGAUUCAUCACAUCCUGCCCAACAAUGGAAAGAAAUGCUUUGCUCUCACAAUGCAUCUGUGUUAUCUACACCCCAAAGGUAACGUGCUAAUUAUUUAGAAUAUCUUGCCAAAUCGUCCCCCUUGGAAUUUGAUGAUAUUCUGGAUAGCCUCAGAAGAAUUUCUCGUAUUUUUAUCAGCAACCAUGUUGGUUGACGUGGCCCAUUAGUGGCACUCAUUAAGCUCUUCUCCUAUCGUCAUCUUCUUCUGACUGAAAGUAGCACACAUAGGUUGAAGCUUGUGGGUCGGUUUCUGUGCAGGGUUUACAAAACAUGGAAGUCUUUAAGGAUCAUAAUCAUAUCCUUAAAAUCUUCUUCUCACGAGCAUAUGAUUCCGUGGUCAAUGUAGGAUGAGCACUUUGGAAUCGUCCCAUUGGAAGCCAUGGCAGCACAGAAGCCUGUGAUCGCAUGCGACAGCGGCGGCCCAACAGAGACAGUCAAGCACGGAGUCACUGGGUUCCUGUGUAGCCCGACGCCCCGCGAGUUCUCAGAGGCCAUGCUCAAGCUCGCCAGCGACCCAGCAAUGGCGGCCAGGAUGGGUGAGGCGGCUCAUCGCCAUGUAUCUCAGGCGUUCUCCACGAAGGUAUUUGGGGAGCGGCUGAACAGGUACAUCUGUGACGUUUAUGACAGGAAAUUGAGAUGA